CUGGCCCCGCGACGCGCCGGCCGGGCCCCGCAAGCCCCGCGCCCGCUGGCUUGCGCAUGGCCCCGGCGUCGCUCGGCAUGAACUCCCCUGGGCUCAGGACGUGUGGCGGGGACCGCGCGGGGCCCGGCCCGCUGCCCUUCAGUGUCGAGUCGCUGCUGGAGGCGCAGCACCGGCUGGGCCCGGAGCCCGCGGAGCCCCGGGAGGAGAGGCCGCGGGGCGCUGCGGAGUCCCGGGCCAGGUUCCCGCCGGCCGCCCGCUCGUCCUCCCCACGCGCCCCCAGCCCUCCGCCCUGCACCCUCCGAAAACACAAGAACAACCGCAAGCCACGGACGCCCUUCACCACCGCCCAGCUGCUGGCGCUGGAGCGCAAGUUCCGCCAGAAGCAGUACCUGUCCAUCGCCGAGCGGGCCGAGUUCUCCAGCAGCCUGAGCCUCACCGAGACGCAGGUGAAGAUCUGGUUUCAGAACCGCCGGGCCAAGGCCAAGCGGCUGCAGGAGGCCGAGCUGGAGAAGCUGAAACUGGAGGCCAAGCCGCUGCUGCCCGCGUUCGCGCUGCCCUUCCCCCUGGGCACCCACCUUCAAGGCUCCCCGGGCGCUUAUGGCGGUGCUGCGGGCACCCUGCCUCAGGUGCCAGGACUCUUCGCAGCGCCUAUCACCGCUUACGGCGUGUAUUACCUCUCCUAGGGGACUUGGGCACACGCCUUGCCAGGUGGUGGCCUGGGGGGCCGCAGGGGAGGGAGGCGCACGACAGGGCGAGCUGCGCACCCCAGUCCUCCAGGAAAACCCCCAGCGUCCCGUCGGUCUUUUUUUGUUUUGCUUUUCAGGUUUUUGUUGUUGCUGAUACAAUGUUAUAAUUGAUGCCUCAAGCCUAUUUGUGGGUAUCUGACAGCUAUUUAAGAACUUUAAACAAAAAUCAUGUUCAUUCUAGACACUUUCCUGAAAGACAGUGAACAUAGUUUCAUACGGUGUCCUCGAAAUGGGCCGGGUCGAGCUUCCUAUUUUGUACAAG